AUUUUUAUGAGAAUUAAGGUAUUUAUUUACGGCGUAUACAAGAAAUUUGUAAGUUCUAUUUAAAAUCCCCUUGGUGUUUUUAUUUGUAUCAUGAUGUCCUCAGACCAACUAUAGAUUUGUAUCCCUAAAAAUAAAUUACAAAGGCAUUCUAUUUUUAAUUAGAAGUAAUUAAGUGCAAUAUUAUGCCAAGAACAAAAUAGAAGUACUAAAAACUAAUAAAUUUUGAUUAUAAACAGGUUUAUAGGUACGUUUCCUAUUGAUACUACCAAGACCAGAUUACAAAUUCAGGGUCAAAAACUAGAUUUGAAUCAUGCACAGCUGAAGUACAAUGGAAUGAUAGAUUGCUUUUUUAAAAUAGUUAAACAAGAAAGUUUCCUAGCAUUAUAUUCAGGUAUCUGGCCGGCAGUACUAAGGCAAGCCACUUAUGGAACUAUCAAAUUUGGAACGUACUACUCGCUGAAGAGGAUAAUUUUGGAACAUAACAAGGGCAAGGAACACGUCAGCGUUAAUAUACUUUGUGCUGUGAUAGCGGGCGCAUUCUCUAGCGCCAUAGCAAAUCCUACCGAUGUGUUGAAGGUGCGGAUGCAAGUGCAGGGAACCACCGGGAACGUAGGCCUAGUUGACUGCUUUAAGGAGGUGUAUACCCAUGAAGGAAUCUCAGGAUUAUGGAGAGGUGUUAGUCCGACAGCUCAGAGAGCAGCAGUGAUAGCAGCUGUAGAAUUGCCAGUAUAUGACUUUUGCAAGAACUAUUUAUUGCAUUUGUUAGGUGAUAGUGCUUCAAAUCACUUUGUGUCUAGUCUUUUUGCCAGUUUAGGGAGUGCUGUUGCUUCGACUCCUAUUGAUGUUGUACGAACACGUUUAAUGAAUCAAAGGAAACUUAAAAACGCAGGUGUUGCAAUACCUCAUCACAUUUACAAAGGCACUUUAGAUUGUUUUAUUCGAACCUUUCAAAAUGAAGGAUUCUGGGCAUUUUAUAAAGGAUUUGUUCCAACUCUGUUUCGGAUGGGACCUUGGAACAUUAUAUUCUUUGUGACUUAUGAACAGCUCCAUCUCUUUUAUUGAACGACUUAACUUUUUAUUUUAAAAAAGGAUUGGAAAUCAUUACUUAAAUCUUUGAAAGAGAAUUGUUUACACUUUUUUUAUUUAUAUUUUAUUUAUUAUCUAGCUAUAAUUCUGUAUAUAAAUAUGUGUACAUUAAUAGCUACAAAUAAAUAUAAUUAUGUGAG